AUGUCCAGCCUCGAAGGCAUCGCGGGCCUGAGCCUCGCCUGCAACGUCAUGCAGCUCAUCAGCUUCGGCCACGAGGCCAUCUCGAUGUGUCGACGUGUCUACGAGAGCGGCUCCCCCGAACCUGGUCUCUCUGAACACGCCGAGAGUCUCAAAGCCGUGUGCGAUGGUUUGGAGAAGUCCAUGGGCAAACGGCCGACGCCCGUUGCUACUACUGCUCCCACUGCCGCUGCCACCAGAGCACCGACAAUGGAGAAGCGACUUCUCGAGCUUGCCGCCAAGUGUGUCAAGAAUGCCAGAGAUUUGGAGGAGGAGAUGAAGUUUUUGUCUCCUAGUCAGCCAGGCAAACUUAGAGCGCUGGUCGCUGCGCCAAAGAUACUGUGGCGGAAGAGGAGACUUGAGAGACUCAAAGGGAAUCUGGAUGACGCGCAGAAAGUCAUGGACACAUCGAUUCUCGAGCGACUGUUCGCCAGAGUAGAAGCACUCUACCAAGCGAACAACAAGGGCUUUUCAGAUCUGAGCCAAGAGCUCCAGCAAUUCAUCACAGACCAUGCGGCUUCGAAUAGCAUCCUUCGAAAUGCCAUUGAGACACAAACGAAGGGAAUUCAAGACCACGUCACCAUGGAAUCAUCGAAGACGCAGAACGAAAUCAAGUCACACGUGUCCCUCAAGCUUUCUAAUCAUGAGAUUUCUAUCAAGAAUCAUGUUUUAUCAUCUGCCCAGGAUGUCCAGGAUACUUUUUCACAGAGGAUGACGUCCAGAGAGGACUCAAAGGCCAAAGAGCAGGCCUAUCAGCAGCUUUUGAAAAGUCUAAAGUAUCCUGGAAUGAAUGAACGAAGAAAUCAGGUUUCGGAAUCGCAUCCAAGAACCUUUCGAUGGAUCUUCAGCGAUUCAAUGUAUCUCAGCGACUCGGAGUCGGAGUAUUCUACGGAAGGCAACUCUAGCGCAUACAGCGAUGAGCCCGUCAACGUCGAAACGUCUAGCAUCAUGUCCGAUGAGCCAUCCGAAUUAUCGGAGGGUUCUGACGGUGUCAGCUACUCCGUGCCUCGUCCCUGGGAUAGCUUCGUCGACUGGUUGAAAGAUGACACCCAGAAGACAUACUGGAUUAGUGGCAAACCAGGUUCGGGGAAAAGCACACUCAUGAAAUACAUUGAAAAGAAUAGUAAAACCAUGGAAUGCUGUAAUUCAGCAUCUCACUGUAUUUCUCAUUAUCUGUGGAGACCUGGUACUCUUAUGCAACAAAGUAUCAAAGGCGUGCUCUGCUCUUUGCUUCAUCAAAUCCUGGACCUUAGGAAGAGCCAUGCAAUGCAAAUCUUGGGAAGACAGCCGAAUCUAUCAACGAAGGAUGCAGACACAGACUGGACUGCAAAAGAACUUGAGAAAACCCUUCUGGAUUUUAUACGAGAGUCAACCUGCAAAUACGUGGUGCUUUUGGAUGGCUUGGAUGAAGUUGCUGAUACACCGGACGACGGAGUUGAUCGACUUCUGGACCUAAUUGACCAGCUUGUCUCCACAAAUCAAAUCAAAAUCUGCGUCUCUAGCCGCCCUGAGCCAACCUUGAAGCGCUUCCUUGAGAAAUAUCCGAUGCUCAAGAUCCAGGAUCUGACCAGUCGAGAUAUUCACUUGCUUACGCGAAAACGCCUUGAGGCUAUGGAAAUUGACCUUGGAUAUGGUGGAACGGAUGAUUUAUCCGAACUUAUCUGUGAAAAAGCUGAAGGAGUCUUUGUCUGGGUCGUUCUUGUCUUGAACAGUCUCAAACGAGGUCUCGACAACUACGAUGAUGUGGACACUCUUUACAGUCGCGUGGAGUCCCUGCCCAAGGACCUGACGAAACUUUAUAAGGAGAUGUGGUCCCGAAUGAAGGAAGACAGCGACCUCUAUCGAAGAAAGACAGUACUUCUUUUUUAUAUGGCUAUGGAGUUCAAGACACAACGUGAUCGUUUUCUUAUCUGGGAACCCAACGCCAACCUUCUCGGACUUGCCAUUUCUACAGACGACGAGAUGCUGAAGUCCUUCAUGGCCGAUCGAGAGCUACCCGAUAUGGAAUUACUCUGGCAAAAAUGGCAUCGCUUGGGGAGAAAACUACCAGCGAUGUGUGCCGGGCUACUGGACAUAACUGAUCCCGAAGAAGCUUUCUCGUCCCUUAAUGACUACGAGCAUAAAUUCAAGCCUUGGGGCGAAACAGGCAUUGGUUUCACACACCGGACAGCUAUCGAUUUUAUUUGUAACAGCGAGGAGGGCAAAGAACUUUUUGGCCCUUAUGUUCCGAAGCAAGACGACCUCCUUUCACGGGCGAUAAAAACAGACCUGAUGUUACGGCGUAUCAUCAAUAGAACGUAUAGCAUAACCACUGCCACUGCUAACAAAACCCAUUUGUCACUAAAAUACGACACAAGCGGAGGGUUACUCCCGAGCUUUAGGCCCUUCCAACAUCUGGCUAAGAUCUCAUCACACCGAAACACACAUAAUCUGCUUUCGUUCACAUAUCAGUGUCUCAAAAUCAUAGGGCUAAACUUGAAAAAUUGGUUAUCAACACCAGACUUAGCGAAGGCGCAUCAUCAUUUUUUAGCAGAAGCAUUCCUUUACACAGCAGCCGUCGACUGGGCUGAGGAAACACUGCAGGCAGCCACGGCAGGUAUCGAAGAAGUGACUUUAGUAGAGUCGCUUGCUCUCCGAGCUGGGUGCGAAGCCAUCUUGACUUCUUCUGGCUGGAUCGAAAACGAUGAAGCUGUUGGUCCGAAAGUCUUACAAGGAGGCAAUUCUUAUCGGCUUUCGAUGAUUCAAAGAGUACUGAGAAAGUACUCGAAUACCCGACGAGGGUUGAAUGAUAGUAUCAUUCGACCACUUCAGCUGGCCUGCUACAGGGAUGUCUCAACGGCGUGGCGUUGUGUUUUGAGUCACACUCUGGGCAAACUUUUGGUGUGGAAACUCUUCUCCCACCCUGCGGAUGAUGCAGAACGGCCGCGAUGGUGGUCAAACAUAGUGGAGGUCAUUCAGUCCUUCUUGUCGGCAAAUGUGCUGGAAGACUUGGAAGGCCAAAAGUACCUUGUUUCCAUCGUACCGUCAAGCGGCAGAGUCAGUAUCAUAUCGGAAGAUCGAACUACAACUAUGCGAACGAAUCCAGGGGAAGUUGUUUUUGAAGUCAACGACGCUGCUAUGCUAGCAGUCAUCACUGAGGCGGCUGAAAGCGUUCUAGGCUCAAUUUCCCUGACGAAACUUCUGCUUACGCCAGGGUAUUGUCCAAUAGCAGCACCAAAGCUUGUUUUCAAUCAACAAGAAUGGUCAGGAGGUUGGACAAUUUUCAACGAGAUUUUACAAGAUGGAAGCAUGGAUGGGCAGCGACUAUUCCGGCUGGUGUUAAGUGGGGAGUCACCAACAUUUAAUCACUGGAUGUCUGGAUAUGGUGGGCCCUCCAUUCUACGGGUACGAAACAUAGGUCCUCACCGGCUAUAUUCAUCGGCGCUUCGAGCCAUCGGUCAUGAGCUCAGCACCGUAAAUAAGGAUUAUGCAUGUUACUACGAUGAUCUAAGAAGAUGGAGGGAGAGAGUAAUGAUAGGAUGA